CACAAUCCAACAUGGCAGCGGGGGCGGACGAGACCACAGGACGCAGGACGCGGGGGAGCGCGCCGGAAACGCGCGGCUGCGGCCCGGGCCCCGGAGGAGCCCCCCCGACCCCACGCCGCGGCCGGCCUCGCCGCGCCGGCCCGAGGCCCCGCCCUCUUCCGGCCGGGCGCGGGCUGCGAGGUUGGACGCGGGUUGGUGAUCACGCGUGCGGGCCCCGGCCUCUAGCCUCGUUUCUGCGGUGUUUGGGCCCGGCGGCAGCCGCCUGCAGAGAACGGGAGCCGCCCGCCCCUGUUCUGCGGACGCACACCUUUGCGAAGCGUCAGUGAAGACCCAGGUCUCCCCUCCCCAGAAUAGUUCUUAUUUCUGGGGCACGGAAGCCGGACGUUCACAUUGCAGGUCAAAAACAUCUGGGAUCUGGAGACAGAAAAGUGGAAAGAAGUGACGCGCUUCCCUGUGCUCCUCGCCGGUUUCGGUCAGAGCCGCAGGUGCCUGGGGUUUCUCAAACUUUGUCCAAACUUCAACAGUGGGAGUGGAGGAACAAACAGGCCUCUCCCAGUGUUGUGAAAGAGAGAUCUUGCUGAUGGAUGUUAACAAAAACCAAACGCACUUAAAAAAAAUUUCUACUGUUCGCCUGGAGUGUUGCGUGGGAUAAAUGUAUUUGGAACAUUUAAAUUCAAGCUCUUUUCUUUGACGUGCCUUGAACACAUUUUUCCCCGUUUUGUGGAUUGGAAAAUAACCCCCCCCCAUUUUUUCUUUCUCUCAAACCCCAAAGACCCUGUUUUCUUUUUAUCCGGAACGAAUGCGCCCAUUCGGGGAUGUCACACAGGAAAAUACGUAGUCUGAUUUAAUCCUCAGAAGUAAAUCUCAAGAAUUUUUGUUAAAAUUUGUAUGCCUCAGAAUAUUUGAAGUUACUUAGGAUAAUGCCCUUUGUUCAGUAAAUUAAAUACUAAAAUAUUGUUAAACGAAGUUUUGCACUUACCGAAAUGUAAAGAAUAACCUCUGCAGCAAUAAGUAUCUGACUUCUCCACUUUAAACAUCAUUUAUUGUAUAAUCUUCGCCAUUAUGUUUGCUAAUUAUUCAAUUUCAAUAAACAAAGAAGUUGCCAUAUAUUAAACUUGACAUCCAUGUUACGCCAGAUAAAAUUUGGUAAAACUAUUUGAUUUUAACAUCUUUGAUAGCUUCCAAUACAAGUCUCCUAUGUUCUAAAGAAAUUGAUAAGCCAUUAUCAAAGAACCUUGAAAAUACUAUAAAAAUUCAAAAUUAAAGGUGCCCUUAUGAAACUAGCUAAGUAGGAAUAAAUCUAGAAAGGAAAAUGAGGUAUGUAGUCCUGGGAGUUCUCUUAUAAAAUACGGAUAUCUCAAAAUUAAACUUGAUUAGUAAUGUUGGGGGGAAAGGGAUUCAAGAAAAGCAAGCUGACUUUUUAUAAAAUAAUUAGGUUUAGAAAGGCAGUGGAAAUGUAAACCUGGAGUUGCCUCUGAAUUACGAAGCUAACAAACAGACACUAAAUCAGUUUGUCUCUUACAUCAAAAGUGAGGUUCCUUUAAAUGAAAACCACAGUGACAGCAGAAAGCAGUACAAAUUCUUGAGAAAUAAUGGAAAUCAGAGUCCUAAUAAUUGUCAAACCUGUGAACCACAGUGAUAACAAAUACACACUUUAGAUAGGCCUAUGUGGAGUUCUUGUUCUGCCAUGUAUAUGUGUAUAACCUUAUGGACCUUGGACGAGUUGCCUCUCUGAGUCUGUUUCCUCAUCUGUAAAACGAAAAUAAUUUCUAUUUAAUAAAGGUGUGGUAUAGAGAUAAUUAAACCUACUUCAAAGUUGUAAAAUUUACCAAGAAAGCAUAUGUGAAAUAACCCGAUACAUAGUGGUUACUCAAAUAUUACUUGUUCACCAUUGACCAUCUUUGCCUAUG